GUCGAGGGUGUCCUAAGCUGGCGUGUGCUGCAGACUUGCUGGUGGGAUCAUGUUGGUCCGGCUGAAUAAAAACUCUGAGAGGAAGUUUGCAAAACAGAUUUGCAAAGUUGUGUUGGAUCAUUUUGAAAAACAAUAUUCCAAAGAACUUGGAGAUGUCUGGAAUACAGUAAGGGAUAUACUAACAUCUCCAUCAUGUUGGCAAUAUGCUGUUCUUCUUAACCGAUUCAAUUAUUCCUGUGAGCUGGAGGCGCAUCUACGUUUGAGGGGCUAUCAUGCCCUCUUUCAAGGCUCCUUACCCUACUAUCCCAAGUCAGUGAAGUGUUACCUUAGCAGAACUCCUGACCGAAUGCCUUCAGAAAGACACCGAGUGGGACAACUCAAGAGAUACUAUCUCCUGAAUGCUGCCUCUCUUCUCCCAGUACUGGCUCUGGAACUAAGAGAUGGGGAGAAGGUUCUGGAUAUGUGUGCUGCUCCUGGAGGCAAAUCCAUAGGUCUGCUGCAGUGUGCUUAUCCAGGUUUUCUUCAUUGUAAUGAAUACAACAGUCUGAGAUUGAGGUGGUUGAGACAGACCUUAGAAUCUUUCAUCCCACAACCUUUGAUAGAUGUAAUUAAAGUGUCUGAAUUGGAUGGCAGAGAAAUGGGAGAUGUUCAUCCAGAAACAUUUGACAAGGUGUUAGUUGAUGCUCCGUGUUCAAAUGAUAGAAGUUGGUUGUUCUCGUCUGAUUCUCAGAAGGCUGCUUAUAGAAUAAGCCAGAGGAGGAAUUUGCCUGUUCUGCAGGUAGAACUCUUAAGGUCUGCAAUCAAGGUAUUACGUCCUGGAGGGUCACUUGUGUACUCAACCUGCACACUUUCCAAGGCAGAAAAUCAGGAUGUGGUCAGUGAAAUUUUAAACACCUUCAGUAACAUAAUGCCUGUGGACAUAAAGGACAUGGCAACGACUUGCUCCCAAGACUUCUCGUUUGCUCCCACUGGCCAGGAAUAUGAACUCUUAGUGAUUCCAGAAAAGGGCAAAGCUUGGGGCCCAAUGUAUGUAGCCAAGUUGAAAAAAUCAUGGACUUCGUGAAA